AUAAAACAUAAUUUAUUUAUUUAUUUUUAAAAAACUAGCUAAUUGCAAAAAAAGAGAUAAAAUAGAGGAUAUCACAGGUCAAAUAGGGUAUUAUCUCCGAAUUACAAAACAUUUUAUUUUUAUUUCAAUGUCGAUCUGCACAUGUCGUCGUACUCUCUGAUGACUAGCUGGAUUUUUUCGCAAGCCAUCUGGAUAUCUUCGUCGCCGAUUUCCCAAUACAACGUGAACCGGACGCAAUCGUGAUUCAACGACAUACACCGGACACUGCACUUGACACUGUCCGUUUUCAAGACGGUUUGCAAUCGAACCUGAAGCUCUUUAAUAGGAAUUUUCGUUUUGUCCACAUACAUUACCACCAUGUUGGUUUGGACGGUUUGCAAAUCGACUUUGAAGUUGGACGAAUGCAUUGCGUAGAUGGCUAGAAUUUUUUUUGCCUGAUGUGAUAUGGGUGUUUGUGGAUAAGAAAUUAAACAUUUUUACCUUUAGCUAUUUGAUAGGCGUGAUUGUGAUCAACUUCCAAACGGUCAAUCAUUGUGUCCAAGGCGAUUAAACCUGCAGCAGCUAUUAUUCCAGCUUGUCUCCAGCCUCCUCCUAUAGCUUUACGGACUCGUCUUGCUCUAUUAUUAAAAAAAAUGUUUAGUACAAAAAAUUUAACAAAUUAUUGAUUAGUUACUUGGUAAUAAACUCAGAAGUUCCAGCUAAAAUUGCUCCAACAGGACAACCUAAUCCUUUGCUUAAGCAAAAGCACACCGAAUCAACAUCCUUAACAAUUCUACUGGGUGGUACUUUGAGGUAAACGGCCGCAUUCAUCAUUCUAGCUCCGUCCAUAUGCACGGGAAUGUUGUGCUCGCGAGCCACUCCUUGGACCUUUUCCAGCCAUUCCAAAGGUAGUACUUUGCCACCACAUAAAUUGUGCGUAUUUUCAACAAUAAUCAACGAGGAAAUUGGUUCAUGGAAGUCAGGGUUUUUGCGGAUUUUUUUACGCAAAUCAUCAAUGCUGAAGGUACCAUCUUCAUUGUUUUUUAUAACUGCAGUGUGGACUCCAGCUAUUUGAGCGGUACCACCUUGUUCGAAUUUAAAUGUAUGUCCAUGAUCGCCUGAUAUAAUUUCGCUUCCACGUUGAUUACAGUGGACCAUAACUGAAAUAUUAGUAUGUAUUAGGAAAAGUAAUAUAACUAGAAGAAAUUCUUACUGGCAAUUAAAUUAGCCAUAGUUCCACUAGCAACAAAAACAGCUUCUUCCAUUUGCAAAAGUUCAGCUGCGCGUCUUUCCAGAUCAGCAACAGUAGGAUCUUCACCGUAAACGUCGUCUCCUACAGGAGCCCUAUACAUGGCGUCUCUCAUUUCGGGCGUCGGUUUGCUAACAGUGUCACUUCGCAAAUCGACAAUUCGGAUGCCCGAAUUGUGCAUCAGAUCAACAUUGAUUUUUUCGUACAUCUUUAUCGGACAAAAUAACCGAACGAACUAAAAGUUUGAGCGAGCGGUGAAGGUCUUUUAUAUUAGUGAGUGGUUGCGACACCAACAAGAUUAUUGAAUGAAAUAGUUGUUGCCUGGUCUGACGACAAUUUCUAUUGGGUAAUCGUUCAGGAGUCCUUGCCUUGGAUUUUUAAAAUUAAAUUUAUCAGGCCUUUUUGCCAGUGCAGUGACCGCUAGACUUAUGUAUGAACACAUUGAACCAAAAAUCAUUUUAUGGUAUAUAAUUACAUAAAUUAUCUUUAAUACAUCAUUUAUAAAUGAGAUUACAGAUAAAUUCAAGUUCUAAUUACAAUCAUCAAAAAAACUUUAAGCAUAUGGAUAACCAGAAUGGAAUUAUUAAUUAUUUCAAUUAAAAAGCAAAUGAAGUUUAAAUAAGCUGAUAUUCAAGAUGUCUUAUAGGUAGAUGUCUUUUUUAGGUCUGCAUUACCAAAACAACGUCUUUACAAUGUCUUAGUCCUGAAGACGUAUUUAAGCAGACGUCUUUCAGACGUCUGCUUGGGUUUUGUAAAAUACGACGUUUUCAAGAUGUCUUAAAGGCGUUUUAAAAACAUGAAGCAAGACGUCUUGAAUGCUUGUGGACAUAGGGAUGUCUUGAAGAUGUUUACAAAAAUUUCCCACAGAAUUCGUUUCUCAUUCAAUUUAGAAGUUACUGGAAACCAUUUAGAACAAAUAUACCUAAGCCACUGUAUAAAGAUACAAAAAGCAUAGCAAAAAGUGAUCAAUAUUUUAUUAUUCUCGGCUCUUGUAGGAAAUCUUUCACGAAAGCAAUUCCACCACUGUGUAGAGAUACAGGGUGAUAUUUGAUUAUCUCUGGCUCUUGAUUUUCCUUUAUUUUUUUAUUCUAAAUUCUUAUUUUUGGUUUGGCUCUUGAAUUUUUCCAUUCCAAGUUCUUUUGUCUGGACUGCUUAUGUCUUAAAGACGUUGUAUAUUACAAAACCCAAAGUCUUCAAGAACCUCUUUAGGACAUUAUUCAACUAAGACAUUCUAGAGACUUAACCAAAUUCCCUAAAGACACGACUUUGACAAGAUGUUUUAAAGGCAUAAAACAUCAUACAUUCAUUUUUAGGUCCGGCUGUACCAACUAAAUAGUGGUUCAGUUGAAGUCUAUAAGUACCAGGUUCCUACUUGAUUUUUUUCCAUUUAAAAUGCGUUGAUAUCAAAAAAUGUAUGGUUUAUUUUUUCCAAGAUAGAAUUUGACAUUGUCAACUUUGAAACAUAAACAAUGCCGCUAUUGCCGCUUAUUGGUCGCUAUUGCAAAACUGAUGUCAACCUGCAGAAACACCUCAUUUUGCGACCAAUCAGGGUCAAGCGUUAUUGUUUAUGUUUCAAAGUUUUCAAUGUCAAAAUCUAUCUUGGGAAAAAAUAAAGUGUAGGUAAAGUGCGUUUUUUUUUUAAAGAUAAAAGUCAAACUAACAUUAGGUUGGCAAUACAAUGUGAAAUUGUCAAUGCUUUCAAAUUUUUCAUGUAGAAAAGGCUUGUGUUGCCAACAUAGUUACUAAAUUUUUGACUUGGGGAAUUAUCUUUAAAAAAAAACAGAUUUUAGAUAACACUUUGACGGAUUUCUGACAUUGAUGUAUUUUAAUUAAAUAGGAGAGAUCAAAGAACAACGUCUUUUAUUGGUACCUAUUCAAAUGUUCAGACGUGGUAAUCACAGACUUAAAAAAGACGCCUUUAAGACUUUGUGUGCUGUCUGAGCUGGAAAUUUCGUGUUUGUUCUGGAAUAUAGAGGCAUUAUUGAUUGGAUAGUUUUGUUUAUAGAGCCAAACUUUGAAUGAAGUAAUAUGACUCUUUGAGUAGGUUUUUGUAAUUUUAUACAUUUUUGCCUGAAUAUUUUUCCGAGUAAAGGAAGUUAGUGGGGGUUCAUAAAGAGCGUUUUAUUAUCUUUGUAAAGCUCUUUUGAUUUUGUAGAUGUUAAGAUUGAGUAAUUUUCAUAUUUUUCUCAAAUUUUAUUAAAUUUUUGUCUGUUCCCGGCUCUUGAGUUUCUAUUUUCUCAAAAUUUCUCUAAAUUUAAAGAGCCUGGAAUUUCCAGUUAUUCAACAUGUUGAAAAAUUUCCAGAUCAAAGUAGAUGAUGAGCAGCUUUAGCCACUUCUUCUCCAGACUCCAGAGGGUCCUUAUUCUCGAAACAACGUUUUGCCUUUUCGCUCAUAACACUGACAAAGACAGACCAAUCGUUCUCAUGGAGAACACUGCUCCUCGGUUUUGAGAAUAAGGACCCUAGGCUAUUGGGACAUGAUUAGGACUCUGUAACGAAUAAUACAGAUAUUUUCUCUAUCUCUAUUGUCGUCCCCUCUCUAUUGAUUUCGAAAAGAGAGAAAAAGAUACCAAGUGCCAUAACGAUGGGGAUAACGAUCUCUAUAUCCGUUGAUAAGUACCAUGUCCCAGCCGAUUACAAUCAAAGUAGGUAUAUUAUAUUAUAAACAAAUACAGGGUGUCCCAUGCAGAGAAAACAGUCCACCCUGAAAAUCUUUGAAAAUUCAGACUCGACAUCCAUAUUUCUUAAGAACGAGCCGAUAAAAAUAAAAAACAAAAACAGGGUCAUGUAGAGAAUAAAAUUACCUUCUUAUCAAUAAGGUAUCACUCAACUUCUCUCUCCAUUUAAAAAAUUCAUACUUUAUUUCCAAAUAUUUUCAGGGUAAACUGUUUUCCCUGAGACACCCUGUAUACAUGAAACUUUAUUGUAUUUUAAUUUAUAUAAUUAAACUCUGAUUUACUACUUACUAGAAGGUCAACAUCUAGGUGUAAAUAUAACUUGAAAAUAGGUAGGUAAUUAAGAUUAUUUUAUUAAAAACUAACUUAAACAAAAAUAGAAUUCUAUUUAUCGAUUUAUCAAAAAAUGUUGCUACUUGAAAAACUCACUUUUUAAUGUUAUUUUAUAAUUACUAUCAAAUCUUAUGUUAUAAUGCUUUAAUUAACUAUUGUUUUUAUUUAGCAAUAAUUAUUAAAAUUAUGUAUUUUCAAAUCUUGUGCAUCAAAAUAGAAUUCUAUUUAUCGACUUUUAAUGUUUUUGACAGAAAGGAAAAGAAAAAAGAAGAAUCCAUUUUGCAGUUUGGAGUUUGGCCAUUUCUAUUUUUCCCGGUUUUUUCUUUUUGUGGGGUUGUUUUCCAGCUACUCCUCUUUGUUAAUUAACUUUAAAUUGAGCCCCGAAUUAACGCAGUCAAGAUGACGACCGAAGAAGUCAAAAAUCCAGAAUGCGAAGAUGCCCAAGAAUUAUUUGGAAUAGGUGUCCGAGCAUUUGUCCUUCAAGACUACAAUCAAGCAGCUGAAGUCUUAAGCCGAGCCCUCGAACUUUUAGUACAAGAACACCAAGACAACUUGCACGAAUCUUUGGGCAAAGUUUACUUGGUUUAUGGUAAAGCUUUGCUGGGCUGUUCCAAGACAACCAUUCAACCGCUGGGCGAAAAAAUAAAGGAAAAGGCCAAAGAAAAUGGCGAAGCUACAUCAGGAGAUGAAGAUGAGGAAGCUAAUGAAAAUGGCGAGGCACAUAAUUCUGAGCCUGAAGCUGAUGAUAAUGAUGAGUCUGUUGAACCAGGCCCUGUAGAGAAUCCUGAAGAAGACGAAGAUGAUUUGGAAGUAGCCUGGGAAGUGUUAGAGUGUGCCAAGAAAAUUUUUGAAAAGCAAAACGACAAAAAGCAACUAGCUGAAACUUUGAUUGCAUUGGGCGAAGUAUCACUAGAAAGCGGUAAUAAUGAAUCAGCUAUUGAAGACAUAAAACAAGGCCUCGAGUUGCAAAAAGAACUAUUACCCAAUGAUAGUAGGGCAGUGGCGGAGACUCUAUACAAGUUAGGAAUGGCUUAUUGUAUUGAAAGCAACAUGGACGAAGCUAUUAAAAAUUUUCAAGCCGCUCAACAGUAUUUGAACAAUAGGAUUAAAACAUUGGAAGAGACUGAAGUCCAAACUGAUGAUAUACGUGAAGAGAUUGAAGAGAUUCGUCAGUUAAUGCCAAACAUUGAUGAAAAGAUUGAGGAAAUGCAAGUCUACAAGAAUGAGCGUGAGAAAAUUGAGAAUGAGAUAAUCAAAACCAUAACCGAAAUGUCACAAAGAGAAGUCGGCAAUAGCUCUACUGCUGCUGGUUCCAGUAGCGAUAUGGCAGGCCCCAGCACUAGCAGUGAAUCCAGGCCAGUGAGUAACAUCUCGCAUUUGGUGAAACGAAAAAGAAAAUCAGACGAAAUGGACAAAGAUAACAAAUAAGGUUUUUUUUUAAAGUAGGUAUUAUUUAUGAUGUUCAAUGUUAUUUUUUGUACGGAAAAAUUUGAAAGUUACUACUGUUGAAUUAAUUGGCAAAAAAGCCCAUCAAAUAUUGAUAAUUUUCCCAUUUCUGUAGUCUUUAAGUUUGUCAUUAGAUAUAAGUUUUUUUUUACAUACAUACACAAGGGUAUUAUAUUUUGGUUAACAAAAUAAAAUUUCCAAAAACUCAUUGAUAAUAAUUGUACAAAUCAAUCAAAUAUCUCCUUUUCGGCUUCUUUACGGUACCACAAAGAGGCGGCUGCUUGGAACACCCGGCAAAUCAGGAAAAGACGCACAACUACAAAAUCAACCAAUUAAUUAAUUAAUAUUUGUAUCAAUAAUUAGUCUUACACAAACUCGUUCCAUAGAUGAAAAGGGCUACACGAGGCAAAAUCAGCUGGUUAGAAUUACGGUGGGCCUUAAGAACAUUGACCAUCAUGACUAGGCCUUUAUAUUGGUUGAAAUAGAGGCUGUAGAGGCUCAUACCUACCCAUGGCAAACUCAAACUUAGAGUUCUCUAUAUCAAAAUUAUCAUCUUAUUAUUUGCAAUGUAAGAAGUUUUGAUAAAAUUACCGUAGAAAUCCCUUUUUUCAUCAUCCAAGCCAAAAACAUUAAUAUUAAAGCUUCCUGUACAGAAACUGAGUAUGUUGUGCCUUAAAAAAACAAUUUAAAACUUAUUCCAAAUAUUUAUUUAUAAAACAAUACCUUGAAGGUUUCCAGUAAGAUUGACCCUACAAGCUUGAAUACAAGCCUCACAAAUCCAUAUAAAAGUCGAAAAAAGAGUCGAGCAAAUCGGUUGACGAUAAAGCCGCACACUGGAAGCCAAUUCUAGUUCUUUACGUUUGCAAAUGCCCUCUUUGCUCAAGGCCACGGUGACUUUACUUUUGCUGUUCAUUUUAAAUUUUGGGUUCUGAAAUUAAUUCGCACUUGACAUUUUGACGCAAUAUGUUGACAUGGUUGCAACUUGUUUUAGCAUUAGGAUACUUGAUUGAGGUAAAUAAUAAGUAAAUUAAUUCAAAACUUUUUGUUUUAUUACUUAAUACAUUGUAUUGUAAUUAUUAACGUUUUGGGUUAUAUGGGUAUAAGCUUUGGAAAGCUGCAGCAUCUUGAGGAGUAUCCUCGUCGCUUUCAGUUUCACCAUCAGAUUCAAAAGUAUUGUCUGGAAUGUCAUACAAACGAAUCAUAGGCUUGUUAGGGUCCUUCAUGAUUAAAUAUUUGCCAUCUUUUUGCUUCAUGACAAUGUCAAUGAUGCACCUGGAACAAGACAAUUUAUUAGAAAUCUACAAGAUUUGAAAUGACAAAAUAUUACCUCAAAAUCCCCCAAGCAUUGUCCAUAUUCAAAUUAAUUUGAGUAGCAAACUCAGCAGGCUUGUAUUGCUGAGUACCCAAAAUAACAUGCUUGCUGCUGUCUCGUACGUGAGCUCUGCUCACGUAUCCAAAUUUAAUUUGAUCACUUCCAGCUAGUAAAGCUUGGACAGUCCAUUUGGCCAGCUUGCAAGCAUUGUUGCGCAGCUCGUUGGCCAAUACGGCUCCUCGUUGGAUAUCCAAUUUUUGACGCCACUCUACUCCGUUGGCCAAUUUCGAAUCCCACUCGUUUAGGGCUUUGAUGGUGAUGAAUUGAAGUUCACCACUGGGCGAUUGGACCACUGCGUCGUGCUCGCAACGAGAUACUAAAGU